CGGAACGCGCCGCGCGGGGCCGCGUUGCGCGGGGAAGUGUGUGCGGCUGCACCGGCGGCCGCCAUGGCGGUGGACAUCACUCUGCUGUUCAAGGCCAGCGUGAAGACUGUGAAGACCCGCAACAAGGCGCUGGGGGUGGCGGUGGCGGGGGACAACGCCAGGGACGAGCUGCUCAAACGGGGCGCCGCCCGCUCCAAAAGCGACUUCACCAGCCGGGCGCGGGAGGUGGUUUCUCAUAUUGGAAAGCUAAAAGAUUUUCUUCUACAACAUAGAAAGGAUUACAUUAAUGCUUACAGCCAUAUUAUGUCUGAAUAUGGGAGGAUGACGGACACAGAGCGUGACCAGAUAGAUCAAGAUGCUCAGGUGUUUAUGAGAACAUGUGCUGAUGCCAUUCAUCAGCUCAGAACAGAAGCACACAAGGAUGUCCAGUCUGCUCAGGUAAAGGAGCACAGAACAGCUGUCUUGGACUUCAUUGAAGAUUACUUAAAAAGAGUGUGCAAGCUGUAUUCUGAACAAAGAGCCAUCCGAGUUAAGCGAGUGAUAGAUAAGAAGAGACUGUCCAGACUUGAACCUGAGCAGAGCAAUGUGUCCAAAUCACCUCUUUCCCCUGAAAAAUCUUCACAGAGUCCUUUAGAUGAUUCUGAAGAAAAACUUUCUGCUGAAGAAAGCAAAGACAGGAAUCUUCCUGAUGCCCAGAGUAACCUUGGAUUAUGGGGGGAUGGCAAAGGUGAAGAUGAGUUGUCACCUGAAGAAAUACAAAUGUUUGAACAGGAGAACCAGAGACUCGUUGGUGAAAUGAACAAUCUCUUCGAUGAAGUCAGACAAAUUGAAGGAAAAGUGGUGGAAAUCUCCAGAUUACAAGAAAUAUUCACUGAAAAAGUCUUGCAGCAGGAAACKGAUAUUGACAAUAUCCAUCAAUUAGUUGUGGGUGCAACAGAGAAUAUAAAAGAGGGCAAUGAAGACAUAAGAGAGGCCAUCAAAAACAAUGCUGGAUUUAGAGUAUGGAUCCUCUUCUUCCUUGUGAUGUGUUCAUUCUCCUUGCUUUUCCUGGACUGGUAUGAUAAUUAAUUAAACAUACUAUUGUCUCCAUGCUCUGUAAAUGUUUUGACAUUUUUUUCCACAGAGGGGAGUACACAGCAUACCUAUGUAUUUUAUGCAGUUUUUUGUACCUCUAUGAUGGAAAUAUUUUCCAAUAAACAAGUGUGUGCACAUAUCCAUUAGUACAUUCAUUUUAAAUCCCUUUAUCAAACAUAAAACCAUGCUUAAUCUUCUGGAGGACACAAAACUCUUUGAAAGAGGAAAGAGCUAUGAAGAAGCUACAAGCUGGAGCAGAGCUAAGAAAAAAUAACCACACUGGUUUUGCAACAGCCACCCAUCUGUGAUGUGGAAASUCCAGCUCCCAUCCCAGAUCAAGAGAAAACUGUUACUGUGURAAAGUAUCUACACUGUCUCAGGCGUUUAUUUCAUCACACCACUUCAGUACACAGUCAUCACUUCACACAUUUAUGACCUCUACUUCUAAUCCUUUGAAACUAUUGACUCAGAAAUCAGCUUGAUCUAAUAGUAGUAAUAAUGAAAAGGAGUCAACUGAAGAUCUUUACUUGGAGGUGAAAAGAGAGAAUACAACACAAACAGGUUGUGCAAUGAAACAGAUGUUCUGGGAUGCUGGAACAAAGCCAAAGGAUAGACAAUAAUAAAGUCAAAAAGUCUUUAAAGUACUGGGAGGAAUUUGUUAACUAAAAAAGUCUCAAAACCAAGUGUAGAUAAGACUCAAUAAACUCCCUCCUGUUAAAUCAGAGGAAAAAUGAUUUUGAAUUCAAGAAGCAUAAACAAUCUGUUUCUCCUAGAUUGUAAGGCUUACUAAUUUUUAUUGUUCAUUGUUAUGAGGAGAAAAAUAAUUUGUUUCUCAUCAAUAUUUACUUGUGCAUUAACGUUUUUAUUGUCCUAAAUUUAAAGGGAGGAGAUGUAUUGUGAAUCAUUUCUAUGUAGGACAGUCUUGGGAAACAGAUCUUUUCAUUGUGUAAAAUCUGAAUGUCCUCUACAAAUACAUUGAUAUGAAAUAUGUGUUUUCCUGUCUCUCUUCUGAAAUGUAUAGUUCUAUACAUUUUAUGCAACAAACAGCAUCAUUCGUAUUCCUUACUCUGCACAUAGUGAAAAUGUCAAAAGUUACAUAUGAAUUAAUUAUAUUSAAAUAAGCAGAUGCCUGUUAGAAAAUGCAAAUGUGGCAUGUUUUAAAGAUCUUAACAUAAGCUUGAUAUUUUUAAAUGCAAAGAAAAAUUUGGCACAUAGUUUAUUGCUUCUUAUGCAUUCCACAUUCCAUGAUGACUUAAUAAAAAGCUUUUACAGCUGCACUGUGUAAUGUACAUUUCCUAUCAAAUCUAGAGCAUUGAGUCAUAAUGGUUAAUUUUAUUGUAUUGGGAUGACAGGCUUCUGCUGGAGAAAAACAGAAGUAGAGCUGACCACAUUUGUUCUACUACAGAUCUUGAGAAACAGCCUACAUUGAUAUUUUCCCUUAAUUUUUGUACAGAUUCUACCAAAAAAACCAAACUUUUGACAUGUCCACUCCCCCUCGUCCCAUUCAAGUUACAUGAAUAAAAACCCAACUUGCUUGCCCAGAUGCGUCACACACUUAUUUUGUAUGUUAAAUUAAUAAGAUGUCUUUUUAUAAUGUAUGUUUAAGAUUUAUAAUAAAAAUGAAAACAUGAUUUCACACAAAGAAUAGGUAAGUUUGUAAUUACAAUGGAACUUKAACGUGCAUCCACAAUACUAUGUUCUUCUACGUCUUUUCCCCUCCCAAGCCAUACACAAACAGUUCUACUCUCACUCUGUUUCACAUGUAGCUUUAACAGCCAGCUGUGGUAUCUAAUAUGCUACUGUUUCACUUGUGAUGCUCYGUGUUUUAAAAAGUAUCAAACUGCAAACCAUACAUAAACAGAAAGAUCUUCCUAACUAAUAAAAAGGGAAAAUGUGAAUGUAAUACAAGAGAAAAUUUAGACAUAUUACUCCUUCAGCUGUAUCCAACAAAUGACAUAGUGGACUACAUGUACUGUGAAUAGGCUUUC